CGAAGCAAAGCUAAGCUACCUUGUGGGCAGAGACAAACAACAAAGAGCUGUUGGGCUGUCUGCUGUGUGUGUUGCUGUUUGGAAAUUUUACAUAAUGUCUAGUUCCUUUGCGUGUUAUGCUCGAGCUCGGUAACUUAAUAGUUUACAAGAUAAUGUAGUUUUCUAGCUGGGAUUAGGCCUAUUGCUCUUGUGUGCAAUUGAUUAACUACAAUGUGUUUCUAAAUCUGUUCUGUUCAAAGGCCAUUGUUUUUCGGUGGAAGUGCUGUGAAAUUGAAUUAUUUACUGUUUUAUGCAUAGAAGUUACUCAAUAUGACUGAAAUAAGCCAGUCUCUGAAAAAUAGGGUUUACUACGCCGCACGUGAUGGGAUGGCUGUUACUUUGUGUGCUUUAUUGUCGGACAAAAGUGAGGACGUUGUUAAAGAAUUACUUAAUCAGGAAGUCAUAGACCCAGAAGGCCAGAGGUGCACUCCCCUGAUAGUAGCUGCCAGGAACGGACAUGAUAAAGUUGUCAAGGUGUACCUAUCAAAGUUCUCCCUCGAUAUUGAACAAGAGGGCUCAGUCAAGGUGGACAGCUAUGUCAUCGAGGGAGCCAGCGCUCUGUGGUGUGCCGCAGGAGCGGGUCACUUAAACGUAGUCAAAACUCUAGUGAAAGCCGGCGCAAAUGUGAACCAUGCAACCCUGACCAACUCCACCCCCUUAAGAGCUGCAUGUUUCGACGGACGACUGGACAUUGUGAAAUACCUGGUAGAACACGGCGCAGACAUCCACAUAGCGAACAAAUACAACAACACGUGUCUCAUGAUUGCUGCGUACAAAGGCCAUCUGGACGUGGUGAGUUUCCUGCUGGAGAAGGGAGCUCGGACGGACGAGAAGGCUCACUGUGGCGCUACGGCGAUGCACUUUGCGGCUGAGUGUGGACACUCUAGUAUAGUCAAGGAACUGUUGGACUACGGUGCUCAGAUGUCUAAGAAUGAGAUAGGAAUGACACCGCUUCUUGCUGCUGCUGAAAGGACGAGAGCUGACGUUGUACAGUACCUGGUGACUAGACCCGAGGUGACACUAGAGGAGAAGAUUGAUGCUCUUGAGUUAUUAGGAGCUUCCUACGCCAAUGACAAGGACCAUUACUGUCUCGUAUCAGCUUACCAGUUCCUACAUCAGACCAUGCAGCUCAGGUGGGGUGAUCCUGAGAAACCUAUCAUGAAACCUACAUUAGCUCCGAUUCCUGCCUAUCAAAACUGGAUUGAAUGCCAAAACCUAGAGGAACUGGAGCUCAUAAAAAACAACAGUAACGCCCUGCACAUGGAGUCUCUAGCCAUCAGGGAAAGGAUCCUAGGUCAACACAACCCCGAGGUGCCACACUCAGUGAUAUUCCGUGGAGCUGUGUUUGCCGACAACGCAAGGUUUGACAGAUGUAUACAGUUGUGGCUGCACGCGUUGUACUUGUGUCAACUCAACAAGGUUUCCGUAGUCAAGGAUCUGCUAAGGUUUGCUCAGGUGUUUUCUCAGAUGAUCCAUGUAGGCGUAGACCUCUGCUUCUCGCAUGUAGAAAGUGUGUUGGCAGCGGCUGUGUUAGAACUGGAGAGGAACAAAGAGAAACUGGCCAAUCCUGGACCUAAAGAUGACGUUGCUCAGAUCACGGAAGAAAUGGAGAGCAAUGUAAUCACAGCUCUGUACAUUCUGGUAAUUCUUACAAAGCUGAUGAAAACCUGUAAUGCCAAGGAGGAAUACAGAGUGCAUCAGUUGGUGUUCAGGCUCAACAAGCUUGGGGUUGCUUCAAGACACGGUCAAACUCUACUUCAUCUUUGUGUCAAUGCUGAGACACCAGUAGACAACUUUCACACAAAUGAUGUCUGCAAGUUCCCCUGCUCUGCCACUGCUAAGCUUCUCAUUCAGUGUGGGGCAGAUGUGAAUGCCAUGGAUAGAGACAGGAACACUCCCCUCCACAUCAUAGUGUGUUACCAGAAACCUAUUAGUGAUUUCCUGACCCUUCACUCGAUUAUAAUGGAGCUCACAGAAGCUGGAGCCCACAUGGAUUCUGUCAACACCAUGGGACAAACACCUUUCGAAGCUGCAACCACUGGUGUGGCUGAGAUCAUAUUGCGUACGCAGACACAGUUGAGUCUAAAGUGUCUGGCAGCCAAGUCUGUUCAGAUGCACAAGAUUCCGUAUGUAGGACAAGUCCCUCAGUCUCUAGAGAGCUUCAUAGAUCUCCACGGACCAGGAGAGACUCCUCCAGAAGAUUCAUGAGUCAGAGGGAGAAAGCAAUGGCUUGGGCCUGCAUUUGACUGAACUGUAAAUAUCUACAAGACAUAUUCAUCUCGACGAAAGAUGACUAAUGUUUACGUAAUAUAUUUUAAUAAACUAUUUUUGUGUACAAUUGGUGGUGCAUUUACUUCUGUAAGUUGUUUGUUAAACUAACAUGUCUAUAUUAGUAAUGUGUUGAAUUUUUUAAUAAUUACAAUACUGGAAAAGGCAAACUUUUGACGUCAUCAUCCUUGUAUUGUUGUUUGUCAAACAAAUUAUGUUCCUAUCUUUUUGUUUCAUCCUAGAUAGAUUUUAUUUUAAACUUCCAAUCUCUUUAAUACAUACACAAUUAAUAAACCAAAUGAUGUACUGUAUUUUGAAAAUUUUGAUUUAUUGUUAUAUUUCAAUGUGGCCUAAGAGGUUAGCUGUAAGAAAUUACCUCGAUAUUCUAAAUAGGCCUCAACAAAGAAGAAAUUUAAUUUGUCUAUUGAAAAAUGUGUUUCAGAGUUUUCUUCAGAUUUUACAUUAAACUUUCAUGUUUCAUGGGGUCAUGAACAGGUGAACUCUUACAAAACUAUUAUUAUCAACUCUGAAUACUCAUUACAAACAAUGUGUUGUGCAAUAUUAUUCUUAAAAACAUUAUCAUAUGGAUUUUGUGGAGGGGGAAAUCUUAGAAGGGGUGCCUAAUAGAAACCUAUAUUUUUUUCUACCUGAUGAGUGAAGAACACUGGCAUGGCAUUAUUGUAUGUUAAAUUGCAAUCAGUAAAUGUUUGAGUUGAAAUGCAGCCAUUUAGAACAGAAAUUCAACCCUUUUAGUGAAUUUCCAUACAGGGAAGUAACUAUUACCGCAAGUCUCAUGAUAAGACCUAAACCAUAGACAAAAGAAUGAAAUAUAGACUGACAGCAGUGCUGCGAUUUGCAUAUAUUCUGGUAAUAUAUCUUGGUCUUAGUAAUAACCUAAUCAGGCAAAUGGAAAUUCGCUUAAUGUGUAGAUUUGCUGCAGCGGGGGUAUUUGUUCUCUUAACAUAAGCACUUUACUUUAUUAAGGCAAUUAUUGCAGACAUUUUGAUGACAAUUUUGUUGUUUACUAACUCAAUAUUAGGAAAAAUAAACCCAAUCAAAGAAAUACACAUCUAACUCAAUUAAAAACAAUAUAUAACAAUAUAAACAAAUAAUUGUAAAACUCCUUAGUUGGGUUUUAAAUUUCUGUCAUAAUUUUUUUUCUUGUAAAUGCACCAUAUAUGUGGUGAAGUAAUUUGUGAAGCGUUUUAGAAUUGAAGUUUUUUAGUGACAUUGAAUAUUGUUACUCAUUAAGAGUACUUUAAAUAUUUUAAACGCUAAAGAGAAUGUAAUAGUUAUACAUCGAGUACAGUGUAACUUAAGAUCACUUUUGUGCAUAUAUUUAAAUAUUGAAUAUUGUACAUUUUGUAUAGGGUUGCUGAUAAGCUGUGAUUUUUAGGAAAUGUUGAAGAUCGUAAGAUGUAAAAACAUGUUAGUGGGAAGCUCAAAAUAGUUUCUUUGUAACGUCAGUUUUUAAGUAAUUAUUUUACUAGACCAGGGAUAUUCAAAUUGAAUUAUUGCUCUUACAAAAGAAAUUUUAAUGUUUGGGCAAGAGGUGUGCGAGUCUGAGAUUUUUGAUCGAGCUGAGCUUCGAAGCUACACAAUACAAAUCAGAGAGAUUUUGAUAGGCACAUUGCACUAUCAUUUAUGAAACAUAAGUUGUCUUGGAACUUGAAGUAUAUCCUCCUUUAUUACAAGGCCCUGGCGUUGGUGUGUAACAAAAACGUUGCCCUGGCCAACAAAUUGCCUUUGUAAUAAUAGUAAUGACAAAACAUGUUAUCAUAAAAAUUGUGCACAUGUUCCGUUAUGAAUUAGUUCAACAGCUGUGUCAGUAGGUAGAUUCUGCAGCAGUGCAACUUUUGUCUCACCGUGGCCUCGUACUACAGGUGGCUUAUUUGGGUUAAGCCGAGUUUUUCUGUACUUAUAGGUCAAAGAUAGGACCCAGAGAUUUUUUUUUUUUUUUUUUUUGCUUGGAUGCACUAUUUUGAGCUUCACAUUUGUUAAAGUGUGACUUUGCUGUUUGAAAAUGCUUGAUUCAAAUGGUUUAUGAAGUUAACUUUGUUUAGUCAAUAUGUGUGUUACUACUAAGCGUAAAAUGUGAUAUUGAGCUGAAAUUUUUAUUUGCUGCAUAAUUUUAGCAACAUCACAAAUAAAUUAUCCUAUCAGUGAAAGGUUUGAUCAAAUAAUCAUAACCUACCAAUGGAAUAUUAUUAUAAAAAAUAGACUUUUGAUUUGCAUUGUAAUCAAUUUAUUUACUUUUUUGUUUACUUUAGUUGAGCUGUGUCAAUUCAUACACACUUAUUAUGAUAAAGAUUAGAAUCUUCCUUUUUAUCUUGUAUAAGGUUGGUUUGCUCAUGUUAUUAUAAUGUGUUAAAUGGUUGACUUUUUAAGCUCUACUGUUCACUGUGCAAUUAUACUUUGAUAAGCAUUAUUUAUUUUGAUUGCAUAAUUUCAAUGAUGUAAUUUUGGAAAUCCAUCUUGUAUGUUUUGAUAGUAAUGGUAUUGAUUGUAGCUUGGCACAAAUGAGUAGUUGUACAAUAUGUUCUACUUUGUCUUACAACCAUUUCACACAUAUUUCAACCAAGUUUAAGAGCAUGCUACUAAUAUUGUACGGUUGGAUUGAAAUGGCACAUUAAAACGUAGCAUAAUGUUUUUUGCCCGUACAAUGUACACGGAAGCUUUGACUAUUAAUACAACUUCUGUAUCCAAUAGUCAAUGACGGAAGUAAAAAUGCUUAUAGUGGAAUAAUUCAGCAGGUUUACAUAUUGUUUUGCUGCUCCAGUUUUGCAUUUCAAAUUUAGAAUCAGCUUGUGAAUGUCAUUUGAUUUACAUAUUUGUACUUGCAAUACUUUUGCCUGUCAAAGACACAUUUUAUAAUAAUGUAGAAAAUAUAAAAUACAAAAAGUGUUGAACCAUUAUAGAUAUCAUUUAGAUUGUUUCUAAUUGGUCCAACUGAUUUAAUCAAAAGAAGUUUCUAGCUAUUCUAAAGCAAACAUAAAAAUGCAAGUUACUUCAAAAGGGCUUUUGUAAUUUUUAACCUGUUUAAAUUAUCUAUAAAAUUAUCUUGAUCUUUAUCUUAUCUUUUUAACAUCAUUUUUAACAAACGGUUGCCUUUCUAUUUUGUUUUUAAAGAAACUGUAAAAAGUGUGUACACUUACGUUAAAAGUAUCAAUUUGUUAAAUCUUCUCUUUAAUUUAUGGACAAUGUAAUAGCAGUUUCUGGCUUUUACCAACAACACUGUCACGUAAGGCUAGCACAAAUGUGUGUGUGGUUUAUAAUUUAUUUUCAAAUGUGUUUUAUAUUUUUUCAUGCUGUGUGAUAACGUGAUAGAGAUAUGCUUUAUGGUUAUAUAUUUUAUAAGCAAUUCUGUAGAUAUUAUUUGUUGAUGUAUCACCAUUGAUGAUCAAACAUAAUAAAUUUGCCAUACAGUUGA